UUUGGAGUUUUUUUUAAUUAAUACAAAAUUAAGGUUCUAAUUUUUCAAAUGCUUCUCAAUUAAUAUAUAGGGGAUAUUGAAAGACAUUUCAAGAACAGACUUCUUCUUUUGGAUAAUAGACAAUCUUUUCUCUUUUUUUUGGUCAACAACAAUCGUUUCUCUUUUUUUUGGUCAACAACAAUCUUUUCUCUUUAUUCAUGUGAAGAAACUUUUUUUGAACCAUUUUGAUGCAUUAAAUUAAAUGUUAGUGAUAUGGUUAUGUGGCCAUAUAGUGUUUAACAAUUUUGAUGAAAACAAAGAAAAUUACAACAACAUUCAACCUUAUAAGAAACCUCAAAUCUUAUUAGAUUAGUGACGGAAAUGAAAAUAAAAUCAUCUUUUUAUGUCUAUUGGCUGAUGAUGUAAGUUCACUGAUGAUGUAAGUUCUAGGAAAACACACUUAGUAUUACAGAGUAAACUAGUCCAAAAACAUAUUACAUUGAAUGACACGAGUUUGUAAUACCUUAAUUAAUACUAAGGGGUGUAUCGAUUAUCUGUUACAUCUACCAUAUUUAACCAUUUGGAUCAAAACUCAAAUCUAGAAUAACAAAAUAGCGAUAAUUUAGUUACCAUAGAAAUCGAAUUCAUGACCAAUAUGGUUACACUCAACCCUACUAGAUUACCACUACGCUUUCACUUUUUGCUAAAUAAAAACGUCUUAGAAAUUAUGGUUACCAUGCGUUCUUGAAAUAUGUUUAUUCGAUUUCUCAAAAUUUUGGGUCGGUUUAAUUAACCUCCCAUCCCUGGUCGUGGUCAUGUGAGUAUUUCUUUGAAAGAAACUUUACGGUUCUUUUUUUGCUUCAUAGCUUUUGCUAUAUUCUGAUUCUGAGGACUACUUUGCUAUAAAACACCGGUUGGUCGGUUAUAACGUGCGGUUUACCGGAAGCGACUAUGGUUCAGAAAGUUGUGGACUUUGUUUAUAUUUUUGUACACAGAAUGUGCCAUCCAUGCGUCCAAUGAUGUCAUGAUGUGGUUCAUCAGCUUCAGCAAUUGAUCCCACUAUCAGAGAUUUAGUUAUUCAGCUAUUGGUCCCACCAUCAGAGACUUAGUUUUCAGCUUUAGAAAUGUGAUAAAGGCAAAAACGAUGUCGUGUCAAAGAAGCUUCUAGAAGUUGUAGUCUAGCUAAUAGCUUGUGAACCAAGUCGCUACGAACUUACUCACUAAGGAUAAUUGUACUUUAUUUCAUCUACAAAAGCAUUAUAGAGAAUAUUCAAACCAAAAAUAUCAUAGUCUCUAGCAUCUCAUAAAAACUUUCUUUUCUGGUUCCUUGCUUGAUAGCUUUUGCUGUAUUCUGAUUCGAUCUUGAUUCAAAACGAAAAGAUGAUUUGUGGUUACUUCAAACCCAAGUUCUACAAGAAAUGCAAACAUUUGAUCAAGUUCAUCAAGAUUCGGCUCAAUAUACAGAGGAAAAAGAAGAACGCUAUGGUUAGCUUCUUGAAGACAGAUAUAGUGGAGAUUCUCAAGACCGGCCAAGAAGAUGAUGAAAGAGCUUAUAUAAAAGUAGAAGAAUUACUCGAAUACCGUCAAAUGAUAGCAUCUUAUGAUCUCAUUGAGAGAUGUUGUGACUGUAUCUCUUCCAAUCUCCCGUUAAUGCUAAAUCAAAGGGAAUGUCCUGAAGAAUGCAGAGAAGCUGUAUACUCUCUGAUAUAUGCAGCAGCAUGGGUUCGCAAAGUUCCUGAACUUAAAGAUCUAAGAGCUUUGUUUACGCGUAGAUAUGGAGAUUCCAUUGAUGCCUAUAUAAAUCAAGAGCUUGUUGAGAAACUUGUAUGGCGAAAACCUUCAAGAGAAUUUAAGGUUCAGACAUUGCAAGAGAUUGCUCAAGAGGCUAAGAUCAGUUGGGAUUCUUUGUCCAAAGGCAGUUUGAGUUCCAGUUCAAGCUUGAGUUCUAAAAGAAGAGAAUCAGUGAAGAAGAUUUUUCCUUACAAGAAACAAGGAGCACAAAACGAUGAACAAGGGCACGACGAGAAGAAAGAUGAGAGUACUGUUCAAGAAAAGUCGAGGUUACGUGGACCCCCAAGGCAGUGCGAGUCUCACAAGCACAAGCAGUAACGAAGUUUCCUUAACAAAAGAUUAAAAGAGAAAGUCGUCGUUCCAGAGACCGAAGAUUCUUGAUUAUGAUGAAGUGGUGGCUCGUCUAGCUGAUCUUCGCCGAAGAUAGGAGAUAGUUAACUAGUAUAGUAAUUAGGGUUUCUUUUCGUAAUUAGGUAUAUUGUAUAAACAAUAUGUUUAAAGUUAGAAGUUUUGUAAUAACCAUCUAAAUAACCAGCUUGAGUAAUAGAA